UUUCCCAGGUAAGAACGAUGAUCGGUUCCGGAUUCUUAAGGACAAAGUGACUUGAGCAGAAGGAGAUACACCGUCAGCUGGGAGAUUCACUCAAGAAUGCCGACCCUCCCAAGGGCCUUUGUACAAGGCAGAAGCCCUUGGAAAGGAAAAGGGUGAAGGGUUGGUCGCCGUUCAGGACAUCAAACUCACAAUGUGGGCGGGUAAGCCUCUAUUUUGCGAAAAGCCCUUCAUCCGACUAGUCCUGGAGGACGACGAAAACGAGCAGCAGCUCCUCCACGAAGGAUACAACCGACUUUCCGGCAUUGACAAGGCUACCAUAGACAAUCUAGACUCAGCCCAUGAUAUUCCAGUUAACCUUUAUGAUGAGAGUGUCGCCCCAUGGAAGGCAAUGGCCUGGACCGCUGGAGAAGCUUCACUUGAAUCACGCUGGCUGACAAAUGCGCAUAAUCUCGGCCCUGAAGGAGGCUCCUGCCUCUUCGGGAUAAUUCCCAAGAUAAACCACGACUGCAUGCCGAACUGCGUGCUCUCAUGGGACGCAGAAACACAACAGGGAGUAGUCUUUGCCGUAAAGGACAUCCAAGUAGGUGAAGAGCUUGUUCUUUCUUACGUCGAUACCUUCCACAUGAAAGAUGAGAGACGAUCAUAUCUUAGGCGCCACUUCGGUUUUCACUGCAGUUGCAGUACAUGUUGCAGUAACGUCGGCGACGAGAACCGCAAACACCUUGGAAACUUAUACAGGGAUAUUGAAGAGCAGGACUACAAAGAAAGCGGCAAAGAGAAACGCAAUGAACUCAUCCAAAAGCUUACCAUGAUAGUCAAGCUGAUGGAAGAGGAGCAUCUGGUGGAUGUACGCCUUGCUGAAGUGCAGAACAUGCUUUCUCUCGAAUUUGAAAAACAAGAUAUGCUUGAGGAGGCCGUAAGUGCCUUGUGGAAGGCCGCGGAGGUAUACAAAAUGUGCCUCGGGGAAGAUCAUGAGCUGUUUACGGAGGUUGUAGCAGCGGUCACCAGACUGGAGGACAUGGAGUCCAAAAGAACUUCGGAAUGACAUCAACAGCCGUCCAGCCGUCGGAUAUCCUGACUACUCGCUCGGUGUUGAGAAAUUGAAGAGCUACUAAGCAGAAGGAGAACAUGGAGUCCUGAGAAACUCUUUUCAGCCUGAAUUGCAUCAUACGUAUCCAUGUGCAAGUAAAACUGGUAGGAAGUGACAUUUUAAGAGAAAAAGGAUGCUCCAAAGCGACGAACCGCCCAGGCAGAAAGAUCAGUUCAGCAAUAAACUGUUAUUGGCCCCUAUCCUCUCUAU